AUGUCCUUCCUCCAAGACGCCCUCCUCUCCCGCCGGUACUACCAUGCCCCAACAAACGACCAGUCCGACCGGAAUGGACUGAAGCGGUCCAGCGGCAAUGGCGGUCUCCUGUCGCCGCUGACCAGGCUGGUCAGGGACCCGGCGGGUACAAUAGAGGACUUUGUCGGCGCUCUAGGUGGUCAGGAAUGCCCCAAUGCGCCGGACCUGGAAGACGGAAGCCGGAAGCAGAUCCUGUACCUUCGCCUGCAGAAUGCCGAGGACCACACCGAAUGGCACGCCGCUGCCGCCGAACUAGACGAACUGGAAGGGAACAACACUUGGAAGCAAGAACGCGAGUCCUCCGAAUACAACUACGAGCUGGUCGAGGAGCGGCUCCGGCAGCUCGACGAUGCACGCAUCAGUUGUGACGCUUUGAUCGAGCGCUACAUUGAAUCGGCCAAGCAGACUCUCACUGCGCUCUUGGAUGUGUCGUCGAAGCAGGGAGACAAUGGCUUGGAUCCGCGAUACGUUUUAGAGCAACUUCUUGCCACCCGGCAAUCCUUCGGACGCAGCGCUCUGCUUCUGUCUGGAGGAGGCACUUUUGGCAUGAACCAUAUUGGAGUUAUCAAAUCGCUGUGGGAGGCCAAUCUGCUCCCUAGAAUCAUUUCAGGUGCCUCUGCUGGCAGCAUUGUCUGCGCUGUGCUCUGCACACGCACGGACGCCGAGAUGCCACUGAUACUGGAGGAAUUUUGCUACGGCGACUUGAACGUCUUCGAGAAAGAGGAGGACCGCGGCAUCUUAACCAAGGCUGCGCGGUUCUUGAAAUACGGCGCUGUCUUUGACAUUGGACACCUCAUUCAGGUCAUGCGCAAUUUGCUUGGCGAUAUGACUUUCCAGGAAGCCUACAACCGGACCCGGAGGAUUCUUAACAUCACGGUUUCAAGCGCAAGUGCUUUUGAACUGCCCAGGCUCCUCAACUAUAUCACAGCACCGAACGUUAUCAUUUGGUCUGCAGUCGCUGCCUCUUGUUCGGUACCGUUGGUAUUCUCAGCCGCUCAGCUGCAGGCCAAGGAUCCUACUACCGGCCAGCAAAUCCCUUGGGAUCCUUCGCCCCAGCGGUGGAUUGACGGGUCCGUCGACAACGAUCUCCCCAUUACGCGUCUCGCCGAAAUGUUCAACGUCAAUCACUUCAUCGUCUCUCAGGUCAAUCCUCACGUUGUACCGUUCCUAGAAAAAGAGGAGGGCCUUCCUUUUCCGGAAGCUCCGCCACAAAACUCGGCUUUCGCAGCUGGCCCUGGGUGGCUCCAUACCAUGGCUGGCCUUGCCAAGGGCGAGGCUCAGCACAGGCUGCACGUCAUGGCUGAGCUUGGCAUCUUCCCCAACUACUGCACAAAGGCCAGGUCCAUCCUCAGCCAACGCUACUCCGGAGACAUCACAAUAUUUCCAGCCAUCUCGUACUCGCAGUUCCCGAAGAUCCUGAGCAACCCCACACCGGAGUUCAUGAAACAGGCCAUGAUCUGCGGGGAGAGGGCCACUUGGCCCAAGAUGAGCAGGAUCAUCAACCACUGUGCUAUCGAGCUGGCACUUGAUGACGCUGUGCGUCAGCUGAGAGCACGCGUGGUCUUCAGCCCCAGUGAGGUCGAUCUGCGCAAGAGCCUGCGGCCAUCCUCCGUUCAUUCAGAAUCUGGCCGAGGCCGAGGCAGGCGCUGCCGUAAUGAUAUGACCCGGAGCAUCAACGAUUUGGAGCAAGAAGCCCGACGCCCAAUCAGCCUUCAUUUGGACGUGCCUGUGAAGUAUCGUACCCGGUCAAAACCAGACCUGAGGACUUUUGCGUAUCCUCGCGCCAGCGAUUCGGCGCUUCUUCAGGUCCCAAUGCAGGACAUCCUCUCUUCUGCCACCGAGGAAGACCUCAUUUCGUCUGAUAGCGAGGACGAUAAUGCGUCUAUCUCUUCCCUUGACUCGCCUCCAGACGCCGAUGACGAAUGGCCACCUCACCUGUUUCCUUCGAUCUCACAGCCGACAACACCGAACCUCGGCUCUCGGCCGUCUUUCCGCAGCCCCUCGGCCACACAACUAUUGACCAUGACCAAAACGCCUAGCGCCGUUACACAGCCUAGUUCGCCCGAGCGCAUCUACAAGCGUCUAUUCCAUCCGCCGCAGAAGACGACGCAGUCGACCAAGACACCCGAGACUCCCCAGGCAGGCUCCAACAAGCCCAACGAGGGCAGGCGCAGAGAGAGUCACUCGGGUCUGCACACCGACAUCAGCGGCACAAGGGGAAUGCUCCUGCGCCGCAAGAAGAGCUUCAACUCCUUGCUCCCAAACCGUCUCCAAAGAAAGAGCAGGAAGUCCUCUGAAGUGCUUGAAUACCCAACCGAAAGCGAUCUUUCGUAA